AUGGACGACAUAGCGGGGUUGAACUGGAGUUCGACCCCGACCAGUGGACAGAACUCGAAACCAGCAUCAUCGACGUCAAACUACUCUGCCUUCACCGCAUUAAAACCUACUCCCCCGGGUUCAGGAAGGGUCUCCCCAUUUAACCCAACUUCGAUUCAGCCUCCCUCCAAGCCGUCUACCCCCGCGAACGACAGCUUCGCGAGUCUCGUGUCCUUCGGGCCUGUGUCGCAAAAGAAUCUCUCAUUGUCGGAACAACAGAGGAUACAGGUGGAGGCCAAGCUACAGCAGCAGAAAACCCAGCCCCAGAGACUGGACGAUCAGUAUGCUGGUGGAGAUGAUCAAUUUUGGAACAACCUGGGUAGUGGGAGGGGGACGCCCGCGAUUGACGCCGCAAAGAGUCAGAACACAAACAAGAAGAAAAACGAGUUAGACGAUACCGAUGACGAUCUAUUUGCUGCUUUCAAUAAACCAACUGCUGCUAAGAAUGAUAUUAUUACUGCAUCUGUACAGAAAAAGCCCGCGAGUGUUGAUGACAAUGACGACCCUUUUGGACUAUCAGGACUUCCUCCUAGGCGGGCAGAUACCGCUGCAACCGCGAGCACCGCUGCCGAAGAUGACGACGACGUGCUUGGACUCCUAGGAAAGCCUGCAUCUGCCGCGAGGCCAGAAUCUCCCCCUCUCGCAUCGCAAAAGUCGACUGCGGCCCGUCAUCCGCAAGAUAAAGCUGUGGCCGAACUGGUCGAUAUGGGAUUCCCAGCCGACAAGGCAAGAGUCGCCCUAGAGGCUACCGAGUCAGGACUUGAUGUCCAAGCCGCCGUAGGCUAUCUAUUGAAUCAAGCACACGCCGAAGCGCGCCAAAAGGCUCAGUCAAGAACAGCGUCUGGACAAAGAGGUGAUCAGGACAACGCCAGGAUGAGCUCCCGAGAUGAAACACACACGUCAAGGACGAGAUCGCCGUGGGAAGACGGGGAAGGCUCUCGGAAUCGUGGCAAAGGCUCCACUCACAACGGAGAGAAAGAUUUCGAACAGAUGGCAGCAGAAUUCGGCAGUAACUUCUUAAAGACCGCAAACUCUUUGUGGAAGCAAGGGACGAAACGAGUUCAGCAAGCUGUUCAGGAAUUCAACUCCGAUAGUGAGGCAGGCGGCCAGCCUCGGUGGAUGCGGGAGGUGGCAGAGCGACCGACCAGAAAGGAACAACCACAACCGCAGCCUGAAGUCGCGUCGAGCCGUGGUAGAAGGAAACCGAGUCCAGAAGCUCGCCGUCAAGCAAGCAUGACAGAUGAGGCAAUGAUGUUGGAAUCCAACAGACCGACGCCUGCACCACGGCCUUCCUCUUCGUCCAGACCGAUUCGACAUUUUGACCCUAGUACCGACAAUUCUCGCGAUCGCUCACCAAUUAUACCCUCACGACUGCGGGAAUCACUUCCUCAGACACAGCCAGCGUUUCUACGGCAGCAAAAUCAGUCUCCUGCCACAAGUUCGAGAACCAGUCUGAACCGCGCCGCUGCCGAGGAGCAGGCUGCUCAAGCGUAUGUCAGUUCGGCUCGACGGCGAAAACAACAACCUCAUGCUGUUCAGGAAGCGCCGGCAGCACCUGUUCCAGAAUCGAAUCUUCUUGAAGGAGGUUUCAAAGACACUUCUCCCGCCCUUCCACGUGCAGCGGCAACCAAUGCUGGAAUGAGCAAACCUCCCCCUCGUCCUCAAUCCCAACCAGUCAAGAAGCGGGUCGAAUCAAUCCCAGUCCAAGUCCGACCCCCGCCUCCCACCCGUACCAUUCCUUCUAUAUCAGCUAUCGCGCUCCAAGCCAGUCAUUCCCACCGCGAGAAAGGCAACGAACAUUUCAAGCGAGGAGACUAUGCUUCGGCGCACCAGUCUUACGCUACUUCCCUGUCGCAUUUACCCGACGCUCAUCCGCUGACGAUAGUGCUUUUGACAAACCGUGCUCUUACGGCGCUAAAGACAGGCGAGCCGAAACAAGCCAUUAUCGAUGCCGAUAAGGCGAUAAUGAUCAUAGGUCCAUCGAAGGGCGAAAAUGAGAUCAUAGAGAUCACCAGCUCGGGCGACACGGGAAACAAGCCAAUGCGCGAGUACUACGGGAAAGCGCUCAUGCGCAAAGCCGAAGCGCUGGAACAGAUGGAGAAAUGGUCCGAGGCCGCUGUCGUCUGGAGAGAAGCUGUGGAAGGAGGUCACGGUGGCUCGACGAGCAUCCAGGGUCGAAUGAGGGCGGAGAAGGCGGCAAACCCCCAGAAACCACAGAGUGCUUCUGCCUCGACGCCUGCAGCCGCCGCAGCAGCAGCGAGGAAGUCAGGCACCGCUUCGGCUCCACCCUCAUCGACCCUCCGCCGAGCAGCGCCGCCCGCCCCAGCAGCGUCUACUACCAGCGUCAAGCCAGCGGAGGCCGUUUCUCGUCUCCGUGCAGCUAACCUGGCCGCGGACAAGCUCGACGACGAAAAAUUCCGUCUCUCUGAGUCUGUCGAUGCGCGCAUCAACGCGUGGAAAUCCGGCAAGCAGGACAAUCUCCGUGCCCUGUUGGGGUCACUGGACAGUGUCCUCUGGGAAGGCAGUGGGUGGAAGAAGAUCAGCAUGGCCGACUUGGUCCUCCCUGGCAAAGUCAAGGUGCAGUAUAUGAAGGGGAUUGGCAAGGUGCAUCCUGACAAGAUCCCCACCGAUGCCACCACCGAGCAGAGAAUGAUUGCUGGGGCCGUCUUCAGCGCCUUAAAUGACGCCUGGGACAAAUUCAAGGCUGAGAAUGGUUUAUAA